UUGAAUCAGGGAGUAAUUGAACUGGCACCUACCACUGAAACAGCAAAAGAAUUUUACAUUCCCCACAAAGGUAUAGAAAGGAAGCAAACUGAAACCACUAAGUUGAGAGUGGUGUAUGACGCGUCUGCGAUAGAGAGCGGAUUCCAACCAUCCCUCAAACCUCCACCCAGGCCUCCCCUCUCCAGAACCUGUUGUGGGACGUUCUUGUUAGAUCUAGAUUUCACCCGUUCGAAGUCACGGAUAGCGAAGCGGAACUUGAGCAUCCCACGUCUUGAGCUCAUAUCGGGAAACAUGACUGUAAACCUAGCCACAAACAUUCAACAAGCUCUCACUACUCAUCCAGCAACUGUUCAUUGUUGGCUCGAUUCAACCGUAGCUCUGUAUUGGAUUAAUGAUCAAG